UUCCUGGACCUUCACAUUCUUGUCACCUCCGACAAAUAAUACGUUUCAUCUUUCCCAUUUAUGUUUAUUUUGCAUUCUCAAUUUCCCGCAAGAUUUGAAGCCAAAGCCUUAGCUACUACUCUCUGCAGCUAGCAAUGGGAGAUACAACCGACCAAAGUUCUUCUGUCCCAAGCAAUGUGGACGAGAAAUGGAACAAGCAAUCACAGAUUAUUGGUGAAGAUAAGCUACGGAGGCAGAAGGAAAUAGAUGAGUGGCUUCCAAUCACUGGUUCAAGGAAUGCAAAAUGGUGGUACUCAACUUUCCACAAUGUCACCGCCAUGGUUGGAGCCGGCGUCUUAAGUCUUCCCUUUGCCAUGUCCAAUCUCGGAUGGGGUCCUGGUUGUGUGAUUCUUGUACUAUCUUGGGUGAUCACUCUAUUCACUUUAUGGCAAAUGGUUGAGAUGCAUGAGAUGGUUCCCGGAAAGAGGUUUGAUAGGUACCAUGAGCUAGGGCAACAUGCCUUUGGUGAAAAGCUAGGGCUUUGGAUUGUGGUGCCCCAACAGCUCAUAUGUGAAGUUGGUGUGGACAUUGUGUAUAUGGUCACGGGGGGAAACUCGCUGCAGAAAGUUUACAAGACGGUGAAGAAAGACAAGGAUCCGAUCAAACUCACCUACUUCAUAAUGAUCUUUGCCUCCUGUCAUUUUGUCCUCGCCCAUCUCCCCAACUUCAACUCCAUCUCCGGCGUUUCGUUAGCUGCAGCAGUCAUGUCAUUAAGUUACUCUACUAUUGCAUGGACUGCUUCCCUCCACAAGGGUGUUCAGCCGGAUGUAGCAUACGGGUAUAAAGCCAGGAGCACUCCAGGAACAGUAUUCAACUUCUUCACUGCCUUGGGGGACGUAGCUUUUGCCUAUGCAGGCCACAAUGUGGUUUUGGAGAUCCAAGCAACAAUCCCUUCGACGCCCGAAAAGCCAUCGAAGAAGCCUAUGUGGAGAGGAGUUGUGUUCGCCUACCUCGUCGUGGCCUUGUGCUACUUUCCAGUGGCUCUCAUUGGAUAUUACACUUUUGGAAACGCAGUGGAGGACAAUAUCCUCAUCUCGUUAGAGAAACCUGAGUGGCUCAUCAUAACUGCAAACAUGUUUGUUGUCGUCCAUGUCAUUGGAAGUUAUCAGCUAUAUGCAAUGCCAGUAUUUGACAUGAUAGAGACCUUGUUGGUGAAGAAACUGCACUUCAGGCCUACCCUAAUCCUCCGCUUUGUUUCCCGGAAUAUCUAUGUUGCCUUCACAAUGUUUGUCGCCAUUACUUUCCCCUUCUUCGGUGGUCUUCUAGGAUUCUUUGGAGGAUUUGCAUUUUCCCCGACAACAUACUUUCUCCCUUGCGUUCUGUGGCUUGCCAUCAAGAAACCGCGCAGGUGGAGCCUAUCUUGGAUUAUUAACUGGAUUUGCAUUACUCUCGGCGUCAUGCUGAUGACUCUAUCACCUAUUGGAGGGUUGAGGAGUAUCAUAAUUCAAGCCAGUACCUACAAAUUCUACAAAUAAGUAACAAACUUGGCACAAACACAAGUACUUUGCCCUGAAGUUCAAUGCAGUAGAUAUGGAAAUGCAAGCAUAAGUUACGAAUAAGUACCAAAAGAAAAACUUAUGUAACAAGUCAUCUCGGUGUGUAUUUUUGUGUUGUAUGUCAGUAUGUGUAUGCAUAAACUCAGAACCUUGAUUCAUUUAUAUUCAGCACCAAUGAAAUAGAGAUAUCACUUUAGUGGAUUGCAUAUA